AUGUCCAAUUCUACUCUUUCUAUUCCUCAUCACCCUUACUACCCCCUUGAGGCAGAGCUCGUUGGGUACGUCGCCAACGAAUGGUCUACUUUGACUCUUAUCUUCGCAUUUGCGGCAGGAUGGGCCUUUAUUCUGGGAUUCAUAUCGGUCGUCCUGUCUUUCAUUACGCCGAAACUGGGGAGGGCCGAUAAGUUGGCAAUUUUAUGGUUUAUUUUUACUGGAAGUAUUCAUUUCUUUUUCGAGGGUUAUUUCGUCAUCAACCACACUCGCAUGGCGCUGGCGCAGGAUUUCUUUGGACAGCUUUGGAAAGAAUACUCGCUCUCGGAUUCCCGAUAUUUAACCUCUGACCCGUUCGUCCUGUGUAUGGAAACAAUUACGGCGAUUCUCUGGGGACCCCUUUCCUUCGUCCUUGUUUAUCUGAUCGCGAGCGAACAUCCUCUCCGCUACCCCCUUCAACUGAUCGUGUCAAGUGGCGAGAUCUAUGGGGACAUCCUGUACUACGCCACGAGCAUGUUCGACCUUUACCGCAAUGGACUGAGUUAUUGCAGACCAGAAGCAUAUUAUUUCUGGGGCUACUUCUUCUUCAUGAACUUCAUCUGGAUUGUUAUCCCUUCUUAUUAUCUGACUAAGAGCAUUGGUAUCAUGUCUCAUGCUGUUCAAUUCCUAAACCGGAAAGCAGGCAAGCGGAAAACACAGUGA